AACUCUUUCGUUCCUCAACUUCUAUUUUUACCAAAUAUCUCUCCCAAAACAUUUCCGGCUUUGUGUCCCACGCAUCGGAUCCCAACAUGUUCAACAUAAGAACGACCCUUCUCUGCUUCGUUAUCGCCGCCAUCAUCCUAAGUUCCUCCGUCGCAACAAACACCCCAACUUCCUCCGCCGCCACAGACACGUACAUAUACGCCGUUUGCUCUCCGGCCAAAUUCUCCCCUGGCUUCCCCUUCGAAACCAACCUCAACACCCUCCUCUCUUCCCUAGCCACCGCCACCGUUAACAGCCCCUACAACAACCUCACCGUUCCCUCCGGCGGCAGCGCAAAACCCGAACCGGCCACCACCGUAUACGGUCUUUUCCAGUGUCGUGGAGACCUAGACCAGACUUCUUGCUCAUCUUGCGUGUCACGCGCCAUUGCACUGGUCGGAAACACAUGUCCCAACGCGUACUCGGUGUUCUUGCAGAUGGAAAACUGUCUGGUCCGGUACGAUAAUAGUCCGUUCUUUGGCGUUCAGAACAAAACGUUGGUGCUCGAGAAAUGUGGACAGUUGAUGGGUUUUGACGACCAGGACGCGUUGACCAGAGUCGGUGACGUCAUCGGUUCUUUGGGCUCCGGAGAUGGGCCUUACAGGAUUGGUGGGAACGGGGAAGUGAAGGGUGUGGCGCAGUGCAUGGGGGAUCUAAGUGCAGCUCAGUGUCAGGAUUGCUUGGCUGAUGCGAUCGGACGGCUCAGAUCGAACUGUGGAAUGGCUCAGGGUGGAUAUGUUUACUUGUACAAGUGUUACGCGCGUUUCAGCUUCGGUGGUAGUCACGCGCGUCAGAACCCAAACCAAAACUUUGGAGGAGAGAAAGACGAUAAAGAUAAUGACGGAAUCGGGAAAACACUGGCGAUAAUGAUUGGAAUCAUCACCUUAGUCAUCUUGCUCGUCGUGUUUCUUGCUUUUCUUGGAAAGCAAUGUAGAAAAUUACAAGAUGAGAAAUGGUGUGUAUAAAGGACAAACUGGGAAAGAGAUCAAUCAACAACUCGAGUCAACUUAUUGAUAGUUGUAUUUUUGUAAUUUAAUUUUUGGUAACUCGCUGCCUCAUAAGAUUGUAGUUAUAUAAUAGUAUAGUAUUUAUAUGAUUGUCUUUUCGACUCGAUUUAGGUAUUAUUGUCGGACUUAUUUAGGUCAAAGCGAUUUAAAUGAAAAUUUUUUACGGAAA